CACGUGGAACUGUCUUCAGAAGAAAGUUCUCAGAUUACAGACCAGAAAUAUUGUGCUUGUUAUUGAAAGCAGGGUAGAAAUUGCAUGUUCGAGGCCGUUGUGUUUAAGCUUUAAUAAGUGAGUGCGUUAAGACGCAUCUUGUUUUGAACGCAGUGUAAAUCUCUGUAUUAUUUUACCAGAAAUGUCAUGUUUUAGUGGUGAUCUCAACUUCUGCCCAGAAUGUGGGAAUAUUCUUCCAGUGCCUGGCAGGGAAAAUACUAUCACCUGUCCACGGUGUUCCUUCAAAAUCCCUGUUCGAGACUUCACAGCUCAAGUGAUUCAGUCCUCGGUGGUGUUUAAUCCUCUGGAUCAGAGCUCCAGCACUAUUGACAGCGGAGAAGAUGCUGAAUUAAAGGGCCCAGUGAUUGACAGGAGAUGUUCCCGCUGUAAUAAAGAAGGAAUGGUUUAUCAUACAAGACAGAUGAGAUCUGCAGAUGAAGGACAGACGGUUUUCUUCACAUGCAUACACUGCAGGUUCCAAGAAAAGGAGGAUUCAUGAGAAAAUUGCUGUUGGCAUUUACAUUUCUUUUUUUAUUUCUUUUUUUAGUAUAAUUUAAAUGGUAUGAAAUAAUAAAAAUGCUUUGUACAUGUUUUCAAAUAAAAACAAAUAAAUAAUAA